CAAAUUCGCAACUUUAUAAAAACUACAACAAAAUACCAUUUUCGCUAAAUUAAAAACAUAUAUUGUAACAUUGUUGAAUAGAUUCCUAUAGCAGUUAUAUCAACAUUCUUGUUAAUUAAAUUAAUCCCGUAUGUGCCUAACUAAUUCGAUUCUCUUUACUUACCUCAGCGUAUCAAAAGCUUUACUUAACCCUCGUAUUAAUAGAAAUUUCAAUUUGAUUAGACAACACUGCGAGAUAUCUCGCGUAAUUAAUUUAACUACCUCACAAGGGAAGAUGCCUAUCGCCUAUUUAAACUAACAAUAUUUGAGCGACCUAUUCAUUUAAAAACGGCCUUGUGCUUCAAACAAACUCCAAUCGAAUCGAUGGAUCGAAAACGCGAAGCAGUUUUCCAACUGGCACUUUUUAAAAAUACGUCUGUAAACUAAUGAUUAGCUGACCAUAAAAACUCCCUGUGUCUUUGCAACAAAUUCGCCAUUUUGAAACUGGAACCAACUCAGGUGUGAGGUGUUACAGUCGCGUUGUCCGUUUGAUCGGCCGUCCGGAAAAUCCACGUUUCCCGCUCCGUAAUUUCUUCCAAUAGCCAAUCGAUACGGGAUACAAAAUAGCCGGGGAGAAAAUCGUCCGCGACCCGUGCGGUUUCCCGCGACCGAAUUGGACCGGGCUAUAAGCAUCAACCGGUAUCAGCGAAUCUCGUUCGUGCUAGAAACGGCUUGCUAUACAGUGAGAUAGGUCGGUGAAAAAAAAAAACUCCAAAGCCGCUCUCUGACAGUCGGACAGUGGUUUAUUCAUAUCUGAAAUUGCGAUAAGGAAUUCGCUCGUAGAGAAAUUACCAAUCCAUGAAAACAUGAUGAGAGUGUAGUUAAUUGCGACAGUUGUAGAUAUCAUUUAGAACUGACAGCGUCGAUGUUAAACAUUUUAAGCCUUUUAUCAAUUAAAUAAUGCCUAAUUGAAGAGAGUUGAUCCAGAUAAGCACCAUAAUCCGUAGAUUGAGCACAAACUCAGAUGAGUAAAUUAUUGAUUGAUGUUCAGAUAUGUAUCAAUAACUCGUAAUACAAUUUUUUUUUACUAAUUAGCGAUCGAUUAACAGGUGCCAGAUACCUACGCUUCGUCGAGUCCACAAGCAGAUUGGCGACCGAAAGCAAUGUGUAUUUAUUUUCGGACUUAACUUGCGUCAAAGUUGUCAAAAGCAUUUGGCACUGUGCGGGAAAGGUGCGCUGCCACCUUUUGUGAUAGUCUAUCAAAAUCGGUUUAAAAACAUUCGCGUCGCGUUGUGUCGAGUUCGCGGGGAGCGGAUCGACUGAACAAACGACGCUGGUUUAUUUUAAUCGAACAGGAAAACGAUAAAACUUCUCCGAUAAGCGACUGUAAUUAUUUGAUUACGGGCGCUCCCCGUUCGACGCAACUUUCAGCGAUAAAGCGCAAUUCAAUUCUCGUAACUUCGAGUUAGACGCGUAUUAUCUACAUUGUUUCAUUAAUCAUAUCCGAGCUAACUUGGCGAACUAAUACUGAAGGUGAUAAAAGUUUUAUGUCCCAAUUGCCUCUUCUGAAUGGGCCUUCAAAGGCCUCAUACAGGCUCGCAAGAUGUUUGUUACACUUCCAUUUUUGCCGUAUCACAAAUGUUUUUUAUUUGAUUUUUCGACUUUGCUUGCAUCAGGCGCUAUUCUCAUCCCUUGUACCUAAUUUCGUCCGUGAAGGGGAAUACAUUACGGAGAUUACGCCAGCCGAAGGGUGCACUAUCCUGAAAUUGGAUGAAUUUGUAUAAUGUAUGCUAGGUGCAUUAAGCCAAUAUGCUGAUAAGAAGAAGCGGAAUAAGCAUUAUGUAAAUGAAAAUCGUUUACAAUCCUGCUGAGGUGAUAAAGACAAUUGCUUUUUAAAUUCAACUUGAUAACGCUCGCCGUUGAAGAACGCUCAAAAGCGUUAUAAAAUGAAUUGCGUUGCGAGUUUUAUUCCUGUCUUCGAGGUAUAAUUCCGCUGUAAAGAUGUAAUUUCGUUAGGGAAAUAAAUUCUAUCGUGCCGGGAUUAGUCGGCUAUUAUUUGAUUAAAAAUGUCUCUAUUGAUAGAUAACUCGAUAAAUAAAAUAUUAAAUUGAUAGGUGCAGGUACUUCAAUAAAAAUGGUAAAGUGUUCGAUAAACUUCGGCCUGACACGUAGGAUACGUAUGGGUCUCCCCAAAAAGGCGAUUUUUCUUAUCUCCUUUAAGCGGAAGGAAACGGCAGGACCAAAUCCUAUAAAACGAAUGGCAUUUCUAACGAAAUUCACCGUAAUGUAUUCUGGUCAUACAGGGUGGGUCAGCAGCGUAACCGUAUUAAAACAAAAAAAUUAAAUAUAGUCCGCCCAGUGUGUUUAUUAUCAGAGGCUUCAUUAUAGAGGUACAGUAGGUAGCGGUUGUUUAAAUAGAAGUAGUUAAUUAUAAACCAUUAUAUAAACAAAUUAAAAAUAUAUUUUCAGUGGCUUCAUAAGUUCUUUAGGUAUGUUGUAAAUAAACAAAUUUCUGGAUUUAAGUUUUUUAUAAAAUAUAAAACAAAUUUACUGUAAGGUAAUUAAUAGCCAAUCAAAGUAAAGUUAUAGUAUGUAUUUUGGUAAUAAAUUUGAAAUGUUAUGCUCGACUUCGCUUAAUAACAUAAAAACCUCAAUUCUGUAGAAAUUAUUGAAAAAUUAUGUAUUAGAAAGCUUGAUUUAUUUACCAAAAUAUGGUGCAAUUAACCGUUGGACCGAUCGUAAUUUUGGAUACCAUUCUCCGUCACUGAACCAUGUGACUCACAUGAAAAGGGAGGUAGAGCAUAUUGAAUUGGGGGAAUACUCCAUAUAGACAGUUCGAUAGAUCUUUUAGACAAAGAGGGCAAAAAAAGAUUUUACUGCAAUUCGAGAUUAUGCACUUUAUGCACUUUAUGCACGAUUGAAUAAUUAAGGAAUAUUUCAAAAGGUUUUUAAGUACAUUUAUUAUGGAAGUUUUCCGAUAAUGCAAAACUUUGAAUAAAUCAACAAUACAUGUUCUAUAAAAUCUAUCCAAUUAUCCUUCAAUUCGAUUAUACUCGUACGUGUAGUUAUAUACUAUUUUUGUAAUUAAGUUAAAUAAACAAAAACCUUUUAGCAAAAUUUGUUAUUAUAAUGCUGUUUCGAUGAACUGACAGUGAUCAACUUAUUCAAUAAAAUUUCCUGAAAUUACUACAUUAUUUUAUUUAUCUCGAAAACAGACUGAUGGCUAAUGUGUUAUUUUUGAACAUUAGUCAACCUGUUCGCUCUCCUGAAAUUGUAAAUUUCAGACGAACACAAGUUGUUCAAAUUCAAAUAUUUUGCAUACUUGAACCAACUUUUCUU